AACUUCAGCCCACUUUCCUCACUGCCAACACCUAACGCAUACCUCUGCCUGUCCAAGCUUGAAUUCACUCAAGGCUUAGCUCAGAGGGAAACUGGAAGCACAGAGAGGUAUCUGCAGGCUGCAGCGCUACAGGAUUUCUUCCAGAGAUGACCAAACUUACGCUGCUGACACUAGCAGUGUUGCUCUGCUCAUCACCGCCAGUAAAUGGAGGAAAGGUGUUGGUGUUCCCAGUGGACGGAAGCCACUGGGUCAACAUGAACAUCAUUGUUGAAGAGCUUCACGCCAGAGGCCAUGAAGUCACAGUCCUGCGUCCUUCAGACACCUGGUACAUCAAGCCAAACUCCCCUCACUACAAAGCUAUCACUAUAAAUUCCCCAGCUGGAUUCGACAAGCAGAACUUUGGGACAUAUGUCAUGAACACAAUAAAAAUGAGGCGUUACGGCUCUUCACUGUGGUCUCGCCUUUCCCUGGAGUAUGACCUAUUGCAAACCUUUUAUCAAAUGGGUAAGCAGGUGCUUGAAAUGGUGGAAAAUAUAUUUGAAGAUAAAGAAAUGAUGCAGAGUCUCCGUGAUGCCAAAUAUGAUCUGGUUCUUACUGAUCCUACAAUAGGUGGAGGUGUGCUUUUAGGUCACAGAUUGGGUCUUCCGCUUGUCUUUAAUGUCAGAUGGACGAUUCAGGGUGAGGCGCAUCAAGCUAUUGCACCUUCCCCUCUGUCCUAUAUCCCCAUACCAGGAACAGAGCUGACUGAUAGAAUGACGUUUAUGCAAAGGAUUGAAAAUAUUCUCUAUUACAUCUUUACGUGUUUCCAAAUUUGGUACGUUGACGAUCCACUCUAUCCUCCCUUUGUCCAUCGUUACUUUGGCAAAGACGUUCAUUACAUGGAGCUGUUUCAAGCAGCUGACGUCUGGCUGAUGAGAAACGACUUCACCUUCGAGUUUCCAAGACCAACAAUGCCAAACAUUGUCUACAUGUCAGGGUUCCAGUGCAAACCCUCCAAACCUCUCCCUAAAGAACUAGAGGAUUUUGUUCAGAGUUCAGGAGAACAUGGUGUCAUAGUGAUGACAUUGGGGACAUUGGUGGAACAUCUUCCUGAAGACCUCACUGAGGACAUUGCUGCAGCUUUUGCAGAACUUCCACAGAAGGUGAUCUGGAGGCACAAAGGAAAGAAACCAUCCACACUUGGAAACAAUACCUUACUCUUGGACUGGUUACCCCAAAAUGAUCUCCUGGGUCACCCCAAAACUAAAGUGUUUGUGGCUCAUGGGGGCACUAAUGGAAUGCAAGAGGCAGUCUAUCACGGAGUCCCUUUGGUUGGCUUGCCUCUCAUGUUUGAUCAGCAAGAUAACUUCUUCAGAAUGGCAACAAGAGGAGUGGCCAAGGUCCUUGACAUUGCAACUGUGAAUAAAGACAUCUUCUUGGAUGCCCUGAAGGAGGUUCUGUAUAAACCUUCCUACAGAGAAAAGAUGAAGGAGCUGUCCAGUCUUCACAGAGAUCAGCCGAUGAAACCUCUGGACCGAGCCAUUUUCUGGAUCGAGUACGUUAUGAGGCAUAAAGGAGCAGCCCAUCUGAGGACAGAGUCCUACAAGAUGUCCAUGAUCCAGUAUUUCUCUAUUGAUGUUCUGGCAUUUCUACUUACUAUUGCUUUGAUACUCCUUACCGUUCUUAUUUAUCUUGUCAAGUUUCUCUGGAGGAGUAUUCUUUAUAGAAGAAAAGCUAAAGAGGAAUGAUGAACAUGCUUUUAAGCUGAAGCAAAUGUAUUUGAUUAUUUCAAACACUGCGGCUUGUAUACAGUGAUUUCAAAUGAAGGAGAGUAUUUCACAGAAGCAAAGAAAAAGAAGAA